AAAUAGGAAACUGAUGGAGUCUUUGCCAGUUUUGCCCCUUCAGCAAAUGGAGCUGAAGGUGCCGACUGAUUCUCCUGUUUUCACUAGUCUGGCAAAGGCACUGGAGACCGGUGAUUCGAAACAAGACGAAGCCGUGAAAAAAGCAGUUCAAGAACUUUCAAAUCUACGGAAGGAGGUCAUAUCGCCUCCAUUAGAUACGACUGGAAUCGAGAAAUUGCACAAGUAUUUCGGCCAGCUUCAUCUGAUCAGUCUUCGAGUAGACAUGGACAAAGGACAGCCGGCCUACGUAAAGUUUAAAUGGAAUGACUCCUUAUACUUUGGAAAAGUGACUGGUUCCGUGAACAUUGAGAAGUUCUUCUUGCUGUUCAACAUUGCGGCUAUUCAUUCAACCCUGGCAAGAGAAGCCUCAAAAAAUGCAACUGACGAAGAUUUGAAGCGGAGUUGCAAACACCUGCAGUGCGCAGCAGGAGUGCUGGAAUGGGUGAAGCAGAACAUGAAUGAAGUGCACAAAUCGGAGCUGUCGUAUGUGAAGGACGAAAUAGUGGACUACCAUCACCAGGUGUUGUUGGCCCAUGCUCAGGAACAGCUGCUGUACAAAGCAAUCAAGGACAAGAGGAAGAACAACUUGCUCGCUAGGCUAGCUCAGAGUGUUUUCGAGUCAUACCAACUAAUGUUCGAAGAUAUUCAACAAGACGAGAUUGGAGAAUUGGGAUUGAAGAAACACCCGGACUGGUAUGAGUUCACCUACAUACGCAUGUCUUUCUACGCCUCACUCACCUGGCUCCUGAAUGGGUUGCACUACGACGAGCAGACUCAGUACGGCAACGCACUGUACUGUUACGACAAAUCGGCAGUGUUCGCGGAUGGGCUGCCGAAGAUAACAGGGAAGAACAAAGGCAACGAACAAACUGCGGCUACUGACUACUUGAAAGAGCUUGUCAAGAAGAAAGCAGAAGAGUCGAGGCGGGACAACAGUUUCAUUUUCCACGAGAAGGUGCCAGACUCCCUGCCAGAUGUUGUGGGCCAGUGUCUAGUGAAGAUAUUCCCCUUCACUGCCUACGAUGCCAAGAUAGUGGGACCUGAUCUGUUCCCAACCGCGAUUUCAAUCGAAGCAGUGUCUGCCACUUCUGUUUACAGUGAGAGGAAAGAUGGGCUGUGGCGUGAGAUGUCGAGUGAAGUGGAGAAUAAGAACAAUGAGCUGAAGGGGUUCGAGGAGGACCUGGAUCUGAGACAUCUGAAAUACUUGGAGUCAGUUCCCAUCGAGAAUGAGUCUCUUCCUCAGGAUCUGGUGGAGAGAGUGGCUAAAUUGAGUCUGAAGCCAAAGACAGCCGAGGAGAUUGAACAAGAUAUGCAGAGUCUGACCAAGACAGUGUUUGGCAUUGACGAGACACUCAGCCUCGUCUCUGACAAAAUAGACUCGGAGACGAGAAAGAACGCACAGCUCAAAUCAGAAUGGGGAGUAACCAGAGAUCCAACUAAGUUGGAAACCAUUGGCACAGAAUACGAUCAGCUGAGAGGUGAACACAUUAGCAGCGUGGACAAAUUCAAACAGUUGAAGGAGGUCAUCAGUCUGCACGUGAACAAUCUGAAACUCAUGUCUUCUCUGUCUCUGCCUGAACUGAAGUUGCACUUGAUUGCGCCAGACGAAGAAAAGGGAGAUGAUGACAGCUUUGCAUUGAGUGACCAGUUGAAGCCGAUGGAAAGUAUGAAGCAACUAAUCCUCAAAAUAGACGCAAUGAAGACUCAAAGAGAGAAGUUUUUGGACCAGCUAAAGUCAGAUCUAGAAGCAGAUGACAUCACGGCUCAUCUGUCGGCGACGAGGGAUUCUAGCGAGCACGAGAAGAUCUUUGAGGAAGAGUUGGCAAAGCAUGAGAAGAGUGUGAAUUUGUUGAAAAUGAAUCUGACUGCUCAAGGAAAUAUUUGCACAGCAGUGGAAGAGGAGUAUGCAAAGUAUGCAGUGGCGAAGAGGAAGUUAGAUGAACUCUAUCGUAGACGCGAAGAGAGGGUGGAGGAGUUAGUGCUAUCAUUUGACUCGUGUGUGCAGCUGAAACAGAAGCUAGAAGAGUUUGCUCAGUUCUACUCUGAGCUGAGAGACAAAGUGACUCAAUUGAAGGAUCAGUUGACCGAAUUCAGUGAGAACGAAGAAGAGAACAGAGAGAGAAUUGUCUCCGCCAGAAAAAGUAAACCCGAGCGUCCAACUGCCAAAAAACCUAAUCUUCCGGCUACCACGGCCACAUCGCCAAAAGUCGACCCAACGUCAAAGUCGAAAGCUCCUGAUUUAAGUUCAAUGUUGGAUCCCGAGUUUCUGGAGACAUUGACUCCAGCAGAACGACAACUGAUUGAAACUCUUUCGCCUGCAGAACUGCAGCAGCUGCAAAUGAGUGUGGCAAAUGCAGGAGCAAGCGUGGGUCCAACUGCACCUCCCCAACCUACGUCAGGAGCUUCUAUGAAUCCUGGUGUUUCACCGAUGGGGACUUUAUCAAUGAAUACGAUGACAUCUCAAUUUGGGUCCCAACGUACAACGGCAAGUCCACAUGCAGCAAAUCAAAGUAUGCAGGCAUAUGUUGCACCUAGUUUUGGUGGCUUGCAAAAAAACCCAAUGCUGGAUUCUUUGACCCCCGAUGAAAGGCGACUUCUACUGGGAGAAGAUGCGGGACCAGUACCUCCUCUGACAUCCACAGUUGUCCCAAACCAAAGACCACCUCCGACUCGUCCUGCGAGUCGACCGAGACAGGCUAUGCAGCCUUCUGUUCCACAAAAUAGUCAGUCAUAUCAGUAUCAACAAGGGGGAAACGUCACUAAUCCUCUUGGUAAUAUGGCUCAAAGUCAGUUCAAUCCAAGGACGCCAAGUGUUCAAACUGCUUCUGUUCCGCCUCAGCCGAUCAAUCAAACUUAUACUCAGCCUCAAAUGGCUCAGCCAAUGCAACCAAAUGUGAACCAAGGAGCUCCAAGUGGAGUCCCGAUGACUCAUGUUUAUCCACAACCCCAAAAAUCGGCAGCUAUUUAUCAAUCGGCGCAAUAUCCUGCUGCAUAUGGUUAUCAGUCUGUAGCAGCUAAUAAUUCAGGAGGUUUUUAUGGAACAAACGUGCCAAUUAGUCAAAGGGCUGUUCCAACGGCAGUUGUGGCUCCUAAUGUUGCUGCCAAUCAACAAUAUCCGACAACGUACAAUCAGAAUAUGAUGCAACAGUCGGCGAUAGGUGCGGACCCGAAUCAAGCUGGAAACCAAAAUGCCAUUGGAUAUCAAGGAGUUUCAUCUUAUCAUCAGCAGCCCACAAAUAAUAAUCAGCUUAAUCAGAAUCAGAUGCAAAAUCAGUCAUUGAACCAAAAUCAGCUACAAGCUCAAUCAUUCAGUGGCAGCCCGAACUCUUCUAUGCAAACGUUUGCUCCAGGUUCACUGCCGACGAAUGUUCCUAGUCCUGCUAAUAAUGAGCACUUAGUACAGCUUGAAUAUAUGAAGCAACAGCGAGAAGUUAUGCUGCAGCAACUAGAAAUGCAAAACAAAAGACAACGUGACCUUGAGAGACAGUUGAAUGAACAGAGGCUUCAGCAUGAACAAAGUGUGAAGAGGUUGGAAACUGAGCAGCAGGAAAAACUCAUGAAAGAGCAGCAGAAGAUCAUCCAGGAACAAAUUGAGAAACAGCAGAAAGUGCUAGAAAAACAGCUUGAGGAGCAGAAAGCGCAGCAGCAGAUGUUUAUGAAUCAGUUGAUGGUCAAUUACGCCAGCUUGCAGCAGCAAUACCAACAAGUUCAGAACCAAAAUGCUGCGAAGAAUAUUCAGCAACAAGAAAUAGUACCAGAUACUACAAGUACCCAAAUGUCUGAAAAUAUAAAUGCUGUGGAACCGCAGAAUAAGAACAAAAAUAUUUUUGGUGCAGUUAAAUCAGCGCCUAUUCAGAACCAAGAAAACGUACAAAUGGUACCGAACUUGACUACGUUAGGGAAUCAAAAUUAUCAGCAGAAUCCGACAUAUUUUGCUCAGAAUCAAACUGCUUUGCAAAAUAAUCCCCAGAGCAAUCAUUGGCUACAGAACCAGUAUCAACAAAUCACUUCAGGAACCCAAAAAGGAUCUCUUCAAAACCAAACCAGUCAACAAAGUCAAACUUUUGGGCAAUUGGGUGGAAAUAUGGCUACGAGCAAUUACUAUUACCCUUCUAGCAACGGUCAGCUAUCUCUUUACGGUAAUAUUCCACAGGCUAAUACGAGUCAACUAGUCACUACAACUGAGAAUGCAGUUGACAUGAAUCAAUAUUUUGCCACUUAUGACCCUAAAAAACCUAUAGACCAUAAAGCUCUUGCGGCCCUAAUGAAACAGCAACAGGCACAAACUCAAAAUCAAGUAAGUCAGCAGGUGGGCAAUAACAACGUGGCUCAACAGCAAUUGAAUUGGAGCAAUUCAACUCAAGGACAAGGAUAUGUUUCAACCUCGGCUGAAGUACCACAAGAAGCAACGAAAACCGUUUCAAAUCAAACGAAUAAACAAAACGCAUCAUCCCUGCCAUUAGAUUAUAACUGCAAUUCAUACUAUAACAGCAAUGCAACACAAACUAUUUCAAAUCCAGCCGUCUUUUUGCCUGCUAAUAGCACUAAAAUGGAAUCUUCGAAUCGAGAAGCUCAGAUUAAAAAAGAGAACCAAGUAUUAGAAAAUAAUAACAAUGGCGAGUUUUCUGGUGUCGCUGUUGAACAGUCGUCCGGAAUGGCAAAGAAUCUCAAUACUGCUUCUGAACAGCAAGCUGUCAGAAACUAUGAAAUGCCUGUGAACCAAAGCAAUAAAUCUCUCGCUUUAGAAUCGACUUCUGCUCCAAAAGCCUUUAAAGACUCAAGUAAUGUCGCUGAAGGCAUCAGCAGCCUAAGUUUUAGCACGGUGACUACUGAGAGCAAUAAGCCAGUUGAAAUGGAAAACUCGCGUCAAGUUGAGGAGCCUAUGAGAAGGAAAUCGAAAGAGACAGAAAUUUCAAAGGUGUCCGAAAACGUGGAGAAGCUGAAAGUUGAGCAAGGAUCAUCGUCUAAUGUAGAAAGUCUUCUAGCUAAACAGCUGAAACCAUCUAAUACUAAACGAAUCGCACAAAUCGGCAAAACAUCUAAUUUCUAUCAAGACAAAGCAUCAAUGGAUAAAUUACUUUCAGAUUUGGACAAGUUAGAAAAGCAUGUUGUUAACAUGCAUAAGCAGACUUUGAACGGACCUACAAUUUUACAGAGAGAAUGGAAUGAGUUGGAAUCGCGGUUCACGCCCGUAAACGCGCCAGUAUGCGAAAUAUUUUUGUCUAAUUCUGAGAAAGAUUGGCCAAUGCUGAAUGACUCUAACCGACGCCUCAAUUGUUACUCGCAUAACGUGCUUUUACGAGGAGCUCAAACGAAUGAACAAUUGACUUUAGUAGAUAUUGAUUCUCCUUCUGAACUGAUGCCGAGAUUCUGUUUGGUCGGAGCGGUUGGGUCAAAUGAGAAAAUGAAGACUUUUUGGAACUCAGUGAGGGAAUUUGAAGUGACACUUCUGGUGUCCUAUCAAAACAGAUCACAGGUCUGUGCUUACAUUCCGGACAAGCAGGGAGUGAAUGUGGAAGUGGGAGGGGAAUUUUUCCUCCGUCUGCAGAACACGAGUGUGUCCCAGUACUGGCUACAGAGAACCAUCAACCUAUUCAGUCCAGCCACCAACGAGCACAGGACUGUGACGCAUCUGCAGUUUCUAGAGUGGCCCUCAACUGAAAGUGGCGAAAGAAUUGGUGAGAGAUUUCCUAAGCAUGGCCCCCUCAUCUCCUUCCUAAGGACAGUCAGACAGUUCUACAACCUACAGGAAAAUAGAGAGAAACCGACUAUUGUGCAGAGCGAUGAGGGCGUAGCUCAAAGCGGACUUGUGAUGCUCCUGCUGCGGUGCAUGCAAUCUUUGGACCAUGGUUUGGGACUCAUUGAUAUUCCGACAGUUGUCAACGACUCUCGCAGACUAUUUCACCAGGCCAUUGUGCCAUCGCCAAACCAACUUUACUAUCUAUACAUGUGUUACCUACACUAUAUCUAUCAAUUCAUGAGUAACAAAGGAUUGCAUACUAACUACCAUGUCAUCAAUACAGCGUCAAAAUCUGGUCUGCCAAAACUUCAGCCAGUAGCCAAACCAGUUGAUCCCGGAAACCAGGAGUCCAAUAGGUCUGAAAGUUUCUCAGGAGCUUUAGCAGCGGAUGGAACCCCAUUGAGAGACUUGAGGCAAAUGAUGACUGCAGAAAGCUUCAGUAUUGGAUCUCAACCAGGUUCUCCCAAGCCUAAACACAAUUUUGACGAUACACAGGGGACCAUAGGAAAAAGUACAGAUCCUGGAGAUCCGUUCAGUUCUCUUGAUGCAAUGUGGAAAAUGAAAUGAAAUUUUCCCAAAUUUUUUUAUUUCUUUUAUUUUCCCAUUUUAGCUGAGUUCAGAGAAGAUGAACCCUUCUUGCGAAAGAUCAAAUUUCUAUAAUUUAUGUGCUAACUACCCUCGAACUUACCAUUGGUGCUUUGACAUUUAUUAAUUGAGGACAUAUUAACAGUUUUUCACUGACAAAAAUAGACAAAACUAUGACUUCUUGAGAUUGCCCAAAUUUUCAAGACUAUGACUGCUUCAGAUUGUCCUCAAGUAUAACCAAAAUUUUCAAUUUUAGAAUACUUGGCUGUUAGAAUAUCAUGAAAGUUUAUGUGAAGAUGUGAUAAAUUAACCCCAAUAUUUAUUUAGAUAGACAAUAAAAUUCCUUUUCGAGUUA